CCCACCCGCUCCCCCAUUUCCCAAAAUCCACAACACAUACCCGCGCCUCCGCCUCCGCCUCACAAAACCUCGCCGCAACCCUAGCCCCACCUCGCCGUCCGCCACAAUGAGGGAGAUCCUGCACAUACAGGGUGGCCAGUGCGGCAACCAGAUCGGGGCCAAGUUCUGGGAGGUGAUCUGCGACGAGCACGGCAUCGACCACAGCGGCAAGUACUCGGGCGACUCCGACCUCCAGCUCGAGCGCAUCAACGUCUACUACAACGAGGCCAGCGGCGGGCGCUUCGUCCCGCGCGCCGUGCUCAUGGACCUCGAGCCAGGUACCAUGGACUCCGUGCGCUCGGGGCCAUACGGCCAGAUCUUCCGCCCCGAUAACUUCGUCUUCGGCCAGUCCGGCGCCGGGAACAACUGGGCCAAGGGCCACUACACCGAGGGCGCCGAGCUCAUCGACUCCGUCCUCGACGUCGUCCGCAAGGAGGCCGAGAACUGUGACUGCCUCCAAGGAUUUCAGGUUUGCCACUCAUUGGGAGGAGGCACUGGUUCUGGUAUGGGUACCCUGCUCAUCUCAAAGAUCAGGGAGGAGUACCCAGAUAGGAUGAUGUUGACCUUCUCAGUUUUCCCAUCGCCAAAGGUGUCUGAUACGGUUGUAGAACCUUACAAUGCUACACUCUCUGUUCAUCAACUUGUUGAGAAUGCUGAUGAGUGUAUGGUCCUUGACAAUGAAGCUCUUUACGACAUCUGCUUCCGCACUCUGAAGCUUGCUACACCCACUUUUGGUGAUCUGAACCAUCUUAUUUCGGCAACUAUGAGUGGUGUUACCUGCUGCCUGCGGUUCCCAGGCCAGCUGAACUCUGACCUUCGGAAGCUUGCAGUCAACUUGAUACCCUUCCCUCGUCUCCAUUUCUUCAUGGUUGGCUUUGCACCCCUGACCUCAAGGGGAUCCCAGCAGUACCGCGCCCUCACUGUUCCCGAGCUGACACAGCAGAUGUGGGAUGCCAAGAACAUGAUGUGCGCUGCCGAUCCCCGGCACGGACGCUACCUCACGGCCUCCGCCAUGUUCCGCGGGAAGAUGAGCACCAAGGAGGUGGACGAGCAGAUGCUGAAUGUGCAGAACAAGAACUCGUCCUACUUUGUGGAGUGGAUCCCGAACAACGUGAAGUCGAGCGUGUGCGACAUCCCUCCCAGGGGCCUGAAGAUGGCAUCCACCUUCGUCGGCAACUCCACCUCGAUCCAGGAGAUGUUCCGGCGCGUGAGCGAGCAGUUCACGGCCAUGUUCAGGCGGAAGGCCUUCUUGCACUGGUACACCGGGGAGGGCAUGGACGAGAUGGAGUUCACCGAGGCCGAGAGCAACAUGAACGACCUGGUGGCCGAGUACCAGCAGUACCAGGACGCCACGGCCGACGAGGACGAGGAAGAGUACUACGACGAGGAGGAAGAGGUUGCUGCCUAAGCCACCUGCCUAGCUUCUCACUAGAUGUGCGUUGUGUUGUGGUGCCUUUAGAUCUUCUUUAGGUGGUUUGUUGGUUCUAGUUGCUCUAUAUUGAUCGUGUGUUUAUGUUGCAAAGCUUGACAGUGGACCUACUACUAGAUCCUGGAAUUGUUAAUUUUGAAUUUGUCCAGAAGCAAAAGAUUUACAAAACUCAAA